UACCCGGAAGCAAUUCUCUGCACGUGUGUAUUUCAACCUUGAAGAACUGCAACGGAAAAUUUACAGCAUCUAAUGUGUCCUUGCUUACCGUUACAGUAAUGCCAGUGACAAGAUUGUUACACCCUCUCUACCAGCUGGGGAACCCUCAACUUAGGAUCUUCAGACCCAACUGGUUUCUGACCCUCGUAAGGCCGGGGAAAGAGCAACCUCCUGACACUGUCCAAUUUCGUGUACCAAUGGAAAUGACUAAAUAUGAUAUCAAAAACUACUUGGAGAAGAUCUAUAACGUCCCUGUAGGAGCCAUCCGAACCAGGAUACAGUUUGGGUCAAAUAAGAAGAGGAAUCACCUCAACCAGAAAGUGAAGCAGCCAGAUUAUAAAGUGGCCUACGUUCAGCUGGCACAAGGCCAGACAUUCACCUUCCCAAACAUCUUUCCGGAAAAGGACCAAACGCCAACAGAGGGUUCGAUGGAAGAGAUGCAGGAGAAGUUCAUGGAGGACGAGAAGCAGAGGCAGAAACUCGACCCCAGGAGAGGAGGGGUCACCGAGUGGUUUGGACUCUGAAGCACAGGGGGGGUAUUGAUUUGAAAUGCUACCCCUCUGAUGUCACUUAUAUUUUUUCUGCUGAAAUAUGAGCAUGUUGUGAAAAGGAAUGUGUGGAUUAUGGCAGACAUGUACUCAGUUUGUUUGUAAGGCUGGAGUCCAGAAACCAAAUUCAUAAGAGAAUUGGAGAAGGAAGACAAAGGCAAGGCCUCAUCUGUAACAAAAGCAGCUUCCUAACCAUUUUGUCCAUCGCCUCAUAUAACCGUGUCGUCCCAUAUCUCUUCCCAUAUAUAUGCCGUUUUUAUUUCUUUCUUAUGAAAGUAUCCCUCUUAUCUGUCACCUCUGUCGUCCCCUCUUCUUUUAAUGUUUCUGGGAGAUACUUGAUCGCCAGCCACACCAGAAAGUAUGCAUAAUCCCUGCUGGUUGGAUCCAACUGCCUGAGCAGCCACAUCGUCUGAGUUUGUCUUGGAUAAAUCACCCCGAUUUGGUAAACAAAAAAUAGGAUGUUUCUGAAAGCAGAUCUAAUCAGUUUGCUGUCGCAUCAUUUAUUAUUUUGUGGUAGCUGCUUUUGCCACAACCAUGAAUAAAAUCUGUACCCAAUGUUGGUAGCGUGUGUAUAAAUGUUACAGUUGUUUUAUUAAGAACUAUUAAACUCUCACCUUUCCAAAAGCACUCUGCU